AUGAUGAAGGCGGAGGGAGAAUCGAAUGCGCUGGAGCUGAGCGGAGCAGAAGAAUCAACCUUCUUCUCCUUCAAUCACUGCCUCUCAACCUUUCACCAUCGUUCGUCUCGCCACGCUGAAGCCACCGUACAACCUCUCUUUCCACAUUCUUCAUUCUUGCUUCUGCAUGAUUUCACGAUCUCCUCCGUCUUGUUUCAACGUCUCACGAUCGAGCCUCCAUCUCCGUUCGUCAUCGUUUAUGCUCCGUCGAUCUCAGCUUCUACAUCACCCCACCUUCGCUUCUCAGUCAAAGUAUCCCCGAUUCGACUUCUACUUUUUCGGAACUUGAUGAUAAUGAUGAAGAUUAGCGGUGGUAUUGAAGAGUCUCUCCGAUGGAACUUAAAAAAUAGGCAGCAGUGGCAUAGCAGACUGUUCUGGACUGAUUUAUAG